AUGAUCGGUUCUCCUGACGUGGUGGCUUUUACUAAAGAGGAAGAUUAUGGCCAGUCAAAUCCUGAACCCUGGCCUCCUGUGCCAGAAGAGUUUUCUAUACCCCUGUAUCCACCGGUUGACUCAAACCCUUGGGCCAAAACGUCCUACGCCAAAUUCACAAAAGACUUUAUUCUCAUCUCUGAGUUUUCUGAGCAGGUGGGACCUCAGCCUCUCCUUACUAUCCCAGAUGAACCCAAAGUAUGUGGUACUUUUGACCUCAACUACUUCUCCUUGCGUAUCAUGUCUGUGGACUAUCAAGCCUCAUUCGUGGGACACCCACCUGGCAGUGCAUACCCAAGGCUCAGUUUUGUGGAGGACUCGCGAGUGGUGCUUGGGGACUCUAAGGAAGGAGCAUUUGCCUAUGUGCAUCACCUCACUCUUUAUGACCUGGAAGCCCGAGGCUUUGUGAGACCUUUCUGCAUGGCAUAUGUCUCGGCUGAUGAAAGAAAAAUCAUGCUACAGUUUCAAGAGCUGUCCCUCCGUUUCUCACAGGCCUCUGAAUGUUUGAAGGCAGGAAAUCGGAGAGCCUUUGCCAAGGAACUACAGAGAAAACUUCAGGAUUUAGAGUACACCCACUCAGUGCUGCAGCAGGAGGAAGGAAUCCAGAGAGAAGCUGGUCUUCAGACCAGGUACUCGGCCCAUGCUGUAGAAAAGGCCAAUGAGCUGGCAAAUGUUGAAAAAAGCAUCUAUGAACACAGAGACCUGCUGAAACAGAUCACGUCGUACCAUCAGCGUCCUCGUCGAGAUCCACAUGCUGCCACAUGUCAUAAAUGCAUGAAGCGUGAGCUCGGUCUCAGCGAGAGCCAAUUGGAGUCUUCGCCUUCAGACCAGACACAGGACAGCUCGGAGGAGACCAAAGCCAGCUACAGCAUUGAGACAAAUGGAACCAAACAACGCCACAAUCUAGAUUCAGACUUGACUCCUGACCAUGAAAGAGAGAGCAGUAGUGAGGACAUGGAGACCACUGUUGGCGAUGAUGAGGGGGACAAUGGAGACCACACCCCUUUGUCUUUACUGGAGCCAAAUGGAGGGUGUGAAGAAGACUGCGAGUCAGAUAUAUCGCUGCCAAUUGACACUUGUUGCAUGUCUCAAGAUGGGUUUAUUUAUGAGGACCUAUCUGUAGGACCGGCAAAAUCGCACCCUAAUACUAGAGCACAGCCUCCUCAAACUUUAGUAGUGAAUCAGGAGCCACAGGCACUGCAUCUGCUGCAGGACCAAUACACUGUAGGCUCUCCCUUGAAGAGUUCUGCUUUGGAGCUGCCAGUGGGCCAGCAUGCAGACUCUGUGUCUCAUGUGUCAGUGGAAGAUGGCUCAGACUGCACCAUGAGUGCUUCUACUGGGUCAGAUCGAGCAGUCUCACCCAUGGGAUAUGGAGGAAUGGUUACCUCACGGCAAAAGAAGAAGGCUGGACAGGGGGCUCUACGGUUUGUACGACAGUAUCCAUUUGCCAUGCAGGCACUGUGGUGUCUGCUAAGCGGGCGAACACUGGUGGUAUUCGGGGAAGAUGAGGGGAGAGUCCGUAAAUUGGUAUCGGCUCUUGCCCUCUUUUUGCCUGGUUCUGGGAAAUGUGCAGAACGAGUUCAAACCUGGAUAUCUGGCCCCUUCAGUCUCACUGAUAUCUACCGCUGGAAACUUAUUGGACUGCAAAGAAUCUCCUCUCCCCUGGGGUCCAGCACACUUUAUUCACUAUCCCGCUACAGUCGCUACAUUUCUAUCCUGGACAUCGAUCAGAAGACCUUGCAUUGCCCCCCAUACCGCGGCCAGUUACUGUCCAACAUCGCUGACCACCGCACUUACAUUCGCCGUGGCUCCACCUAUUUUCUGCAUCUCCAGAGCAUGCUAUGUCAGCUGGCAGCCAAGGCAUUCCUGUUGACUUUCACCCAUCACCUUCACCUGCCUGUCAGCUCUGAGGAGGGUCCUGAGGUGGUGCUGGGCCGACGCCUCUGUUUCCUCCAGGAGCAGCUGGGUCUGUGUGAGGAGGAUUGUCAGAUUAUGCUUUAUCUCAGCCAGCUCAUCACCCAGUACUACCUGAACCCCUCCAGUGGGAGCAGCUCUGCCCCACAAUGCUUUUCUUUUAAAUAUACCACCAGCGUUUUAUACAAGAUUUAA